AAAAAAAAAAAGCUCUCGCUUCCGCAGCCCAGAGCGCAUGCGCCGGGGGAAGGAAACGCUCGCCCCGUCCUCAUGACGCGGUGGCAAACAGACAGCUGAGGAGCUCAGUGUCUGGGUCAAAAUGGCCGUGGAGAAGCGCCUGGGGUUCGCUAUUGUGCAGUUUCUACGAGACCAAACUCAUCGCAGUGCUUUAAAUUCUGAUGAGCAAGAGAGCCUGGAGGUUGCGAUCCAGUGCUUGGAGACUACCUUCAAGAUCAGCUCCAGUGACUGCCAUCUCGCUGUAUCCCAGCCACUCAGAGAGAUAUUCCUCAACGCUCUGCUCAAGAACGACAACCUCACCGUACCAGAGACGUCCCCGUCUCCUGAAGACAUAGAACGGGCGGAGCAACUUAAAAAUGAAGGGAACAACCAUAUGAAGGAGGAAAACUACAGAUGUGCAGUUGAAUGCUACACAAAGGCCAUAGAUCUGGACCUAAGAAACGCUGUGUAUUACUGCAACAGAGCUGCUGCUCACAGUAAACUGGGUAAUUAUACUGAGGCGACUGGAGACUGUGAAAGAGCCAUUGGGAUUGACCCAACCUACAGCAAAGCGUAUGGGAGGAUGGGUUUGGCUUUGACUGCAAUGAAUCAGUAUCCAGAGGCGAUUUCAUACUUCAAGAAAGCCCUGGUUCUAGACCCGGAGAAUGACACAUAUAAAUCCAACCUGAAGAUCGCAGAGCAGAAGCAUAAAGAAGCUUCCAGCCCAAUUGCUGCCGGAUUGGGAUUUGACAUGGCAAGUUUAAUCAACAACCCAGCCUUCAUCAGCAUGGCCGCGAGCGUCAUGCAGAACCAGCAAGUCCAGCAGCUCAUGUCGGGAAUGAUGUCGAAUGCAGUUAGAGGUCCUGCCGCAGGAGUGGGAGGACUGUCUGACAUCUCCAGCUUGAUUGAGGCGGGCCAGCAGUUCGCCCAGCAAAUCCAGCAGCAGAACCCAGAGCUCAUCGAGCAGCUAAGGAACCACAUCCGGAGCCGUUCCUUCAGCGGCAGCGCCGAGGAGCACUCAUGAUUCAUUCGGACACUUUUUAUUUGCCUCCGAGGAAGAGCAACCAUAUGGCGCGAUGAUAAUCUCCACACCCAUUUCUUUGAGUCAAGUCCCCGGCACAGCUGGAAAGAAGAGACGAGGAUGGGGUCGAAGGCACUUUACUUAGACUAAAGGAGAAGAAAAAAAAACAACAAAAAACUGGAGAAUGGACCAUUAAAUAAAACAUCCCACCCAAGUAAGACAACACCUGGUGAUGAAACAGGAGCCUAGAUGUCAGUCAGACCAUGAAGUGAAUAUUGUCUCCAGUCAGAGUCACCGUGUUGGAUGUGGCGAAGUCCCUGCCUUUUUCAUAAGGUCGAGGAUUCAUCUCUUUAUUCAUAAUACAGAAAGAGUGGAGGAGGAAUGUAAUUUAAACAGUUUAGCAGGGAAAAUUGCAGCUUUUUUUCAUACAAAUACAACAUCAAGCUUUGUUUAUAAUGUUUAAUAUUAUUUUUAUAGUCAGAAUCAACUUUUAACACCAUACUCGCUUUGUUUGAAUAACUAUAAUAAUAAUAAUAAAAAAAAACAUUCAGCCUUUGACUAUUACGGGACUCACAUCACUGCUAUUUAAUGCGUACACUUAAUCAUUAAGGCAACAAUGUAAUUGUAUUAGCAGUGUUUGCAGCCUGUUCAGUUGGUGACCAACAACAUAUUCCUGUUUGUUUCUGCAUGCUCUUAAAUCUGGUAUUUGAGAUCAGAAGCUUUAUGGAAACUAAUGUAUCGCUAAGGCAACACUUUGUUUUGUCUUGGGAGGAAAAAGAAAUAAAUGUCUCAAAAGUAA